AUGCCCAGGUUCUUCGUCGGGGCGCUGCUCGCUGUUGCGGCGUCGGCGCUGGCUGUCGCCGCCCAGGACGUCAUCUGCCCCCCCGAGGGUUUCACGGCGAACAACCGGCUGGACGUGAGGCGGUUCGCCAUCGCGCCGUGGUACGCGCAGCUGCAGGUUCCCCUGAGCUACCAGCCUGUCGACCAGCUGUUCUGUGUUCGUGCACGCUAUGAACUUGAGAACCCAGAAAACAUUUCGGAGUUUACUCUCCCUGCCCGAUUCAAGUACCUAUUCCCAAUCCACCCUGAAGAGCUGGCAGAUACUCACCUUGGGUGUUUGUUUCGACUUGGUCUUCGGGCGCUAUUCUGA